AUGAGUGACCGGUACCUAGAACAAAGGAUUAGUAUCAAAUUUUGCGUGAAACUGAACAAGUCUGCAAGUGAGACUCACCAUCUUUUAAAAGAAGCUUACGGGGAUGAAGUCAUGUCAAGGGCCAGAGUUUUCGACUGGCACAAAAGGUUUAAAAAAGGACGCGAAGACAUUCGAGAUGAUGCCAGAAGUGGUCGUCCUGUCACCCACCGGACGGAUGAAAAUAUUAAGAAAGUCAAGGACUUGGUCUGUUCGAAUAGGCAGUUAACCGUGAGGAUGAUGGCCGAAGAGUUAAAUUUAGAUAAAGAAACUGUUAGGCUCAUUCUGAAAGAAAACUUGAAUAUGAGGAAAGUAUCUGCAAAAGUUAUAUCGGGUAUUUUGAAGGAUGAACCGAAACCUCGGAAACUUGGCUUUUGCUCUGAUCUUUCAAAGGAAACUAGGAAAAACAGCUCAUGUGUGAGGAAAAAGAUAGUUAUUUGUGUUUUCUGGGUCUGCACGGUCGAUAAAUUUUCAACGAGCAGUGAUUCUGUUCCUCAUCUUUCAUUGCUUUAUGGGACUUCAGGGAAUGAAAACAUAACAUCCUGCUUUCCCAUAAGUUCUCUGGCCGGUACCCUGGCACCAAUUAAAGACAUGUCCAUGCAAUUAAUCAAAACCAAUUUGGAAGCACUCUGGCACUGCUCCUCUGAUGUGCUGUCUGCUCCACAUACAGUAGUUCCUCAGCCGCAGUGA